UGCGCAGACUAAAUUGUCAGAAAACACGGAAGGUGGCACUUAAAUUUAAGGUUUUCUUCGGUCUUCAGUUCUAAAAUAUUUAACGGUACGCGUGAGUUUCAGCCGAACCAAAUAAAAUACGAUUGGAUAUUUAAAAAUCGAAGAAGUAUCUGCGAAUAUCUACAACCUCAUCUAUUCCUUUGAGCGUAAAGUUUUCCAUUCAUUCUGAAGAUGGUAUCUGGAGGGAUGUCGUGUGUGAAAUAUUUGUUGUUUGCGUUCAACCUGCUUUUUGCCAUAUCUGGCAUAGCUAUCCUUACAGUUGGAGCUGUAGUCCACAUUGUUUAUGCACAUUAUUCGCAGUUUGUUUAUGAGGGGUAUCAGUCCAUACCCUUGGCACUCAUUAUAGUAGGGGUGAUCAUCUUUAUCAUUGCAUUCUUUGGUUGUUGUGGAGCUGUCAAGGAAAACCAUUGUAUGAUUAUAACAUUUUCCGUGUUCCUGUUAAUAAUUUUGAUAUUAGAAGUUGUUGUUGGAGUUGUGGCCUAUGUUAAGAAAAACCAAGUGGCAUCUAUGCUGGAAGAUCAAUUAAAUGCUACAAUGCCAAAAUAUUACACCAAUCAAGAAAUUAAGAAUUCUUGGGACAUUGUGCAACAUGAGGCUGAAUGUUGCGGUAUUAGAGGCCCCGGUGACUGGAAAUCUAUAACAAAAAGUGAUGUACUGCCACAUACUUGUUGUCCUAACAUUCAAGAUAAUGACAACUCAUGCACAAUCAAUUCUGAAAAUGUCUACAAAGCCUCUUGUUUAACAAAUUUGAAAGAGAUUUUCGUCAAAUACGGCAUUAUUAUUGGAGGAGUUGGACUGGGAAUAUCUGCGUUGCAGCUGAUUGGAGUAAUAUUUGCUUGCUGCUUAGCUCGUUCCAUACGCAAAGAAUAUGAAACUGUGUAAAUAUAAAAAUUAAUGUACACCAUUAUAACAUAGCAUUUUACCCAAUCUAUAUAGUAUUCUGUCCACUGUUUUUUAUUAUUUUUUUCUAGUUUAUACUAAUAAUUGUAUUGUAUUUUUUCGAUGUCCAUGUUAUUUGUCAUAAGGUCUUUGAUAUUAGUUGAUAAUAAUAGCUGUCAUAAUUUAUGGUGUUCACUAAUAUCGAAGGCUAAAAUUAUUUCUGUAUUAUUUGCCAAUUUCUAGGGGCUAAGAAUGUUUUGCAUUUUACAAUUAAAGCCAAAGUGUGUCUGAACAAAUUAACUCACAAGAAAAUCUCACAAGUCUGAUUUUAACUUGAAUAUAGUACAAUUUUUAGUAGAAAAUGCGUGUCCCAAAAAAAUAUGAUGUAAUUUUUUUUAAUGAUAUAUUAAUGUCUUUUAAUUUUGCAUAUAGAACUAAAAUAAAACAAUAAAGAGUGUCUGAGACUUCGUAUUUCGAAGUAUUCUCAAAUAAUUACGUUUUUGAAGGCAUCAACUGCACUUUUUGACAAAUGGAAUCAGUAGUCCGGCCUUAAUUUUCGGCAAACUAAUAAAGUAGUUGGGUAUUAGGAUGGGACUGUGGAAAGAUGGUCUAUCAAUUCGACCUUUUGAUGUAUCAGAACUUCGACUGUCCUACCAACUGUAUAUUGACUUGCAUUGACAUAAAAUUAAGGGUGAUUCAUUGUUUUGACUGGUUUUUCGAAACUCAGCUAUGGCUUGUGACAUAAAAAUGGUUAUAUACAAUGAGCAAUUAUAGAUAUUUGAUCUUGUAGGAGAAUUUACAUGUUACAUGAGCUGCUCUCGAGACAAAUAUCGCGACUGUCUUUUUGGAGAUACAUAAUGUACUUUUUUUCCUUGAAACACGCAAACACAUGACUGAAGUUUACUUUGUGACGUUUUUCUGAGUUGGUAUUUUUUUGAGUUUCUAGUAUUUAAGUGGUGUAUGAUUUUUUGACACCAAUUGAUUUUUUUACAUACGAUUCUUCUUACAAAUACUUUUCUAUACGUUCCAAUAUGCAAAAAUAAAAGACAGGCCUCGCAUAACAAUAAUUAUUAUAUGAAAUGUAAAGAUGAUUUAUAAGAUAAGUAAAGCGAUUAUAGAUAAUAGCACUAUGUAUUUGGAAAACUUUUGUAUUUUUUCUUCUAGAAGUGAACUAUAAAAACGCACUCAGUAUUAUUACAUAAUAAGUUUUACAGUUUCAUUUGAUAUUCAUUCCUUCCCAUUAAAAUUUGAUUUUCUUGAAGUUAACGCUAUCGAAAAGGCACUUAAAUAAAUAAAUAUCACUUCAAUUUUUUAUGUGCUGUAGAUAUUAUUUUUCAUUUUACUCGACACACAAAAAUAUGACUGCUUAUUCCUGAUCGUAUGUAUCUCAAUAAAUAUAUUUAAUGCGGUUUCAAAUUACUAUAAAGUUAAAACUGAAUACUAAUUGGAAUUUUACAAAAACUUUAUUCCUAAGAAACUUGUAGUACUUACGAUCAAUCCUACUGCCUGUUAUGUGCACCAGCAAUACAUUUUUUAUAGAAAUAAUAUUUACUGCAUACUAUGAAACAUCAAAAUUUUAUUAAGGUUUUACCUUUUAAAGGGUUGAAAUCAAUUUUCCCCCUUUCAUUGUUACUACACAAGUUGAACAUACAGCGUGGGCCAAAGAAAACAGCCCACCUCGAUAUUUGGCAGUAGUUAUCAGAUUUCAAGGAAAUGACGAAACAGGUCGAUUUUUGUUCUAAGGGGGACACAUUUUUACGAUACAUGCAUCUAUCAUUCGUCAACCCCCGCCCUUCCACUAACCCAAACCCUAAUUUUUAAAUAGGGAAAAUACCAUGUACGGCACAACAUUAGAAAGGCAUUCACAUGGAGUAUUCAGAAAUAACGACCGUCCAAGAUUUUUUUUUCGAUAUUUGCACCGUCUUUGCAAAAAACUGUUAAUUCAUUUGAAGUACAAAACCUCUUAAAAAUGAAACGUAACUCCUAUGAUUUGCUAAUAUUUCAUUUUUUCUGUCACAUCAAAAGUAAAUAUGACGUUGCAGGAAAAAUUACAUGUUAGCAAACCAUAGACGUUACGUUAUUUUUGUAAUGUACUUCAAAUGAAUUGACAGUUUUUUUUGCAAAGACGGUGUAAAUAAAAUAUCGAAAAAAAAAUCGUGAACGAUCUUUAUGUCUGAAUACUCCAUCUCAAUGUGAAUAAUCUUCGAGCUCAGCUGCAGGAUCUAUCUCCUUUAGUGAAACACCAAAUUCAAGAUAAUAAUUUAUUUCUGUAAAUGACACUAACUUCCCGGGAGACCUAAUGACGCUACUUUACUGACCGCUUCGUAUGAUGGUUGAACUGAGAAUCAUAUGAGACUACAUGAUGUCUCUUCAAAGUGAUUCGAAGGAAUGUGUUUAAAAGCACAUCUUGACUCGUUGAAGUUACUCGAAGAAAUGUAUUUAAUGUAUGCUCUUUCUUAGCAGGCAACCAAACGACGUUUUUAUAACGUAGAUAACACGUCAUAAAAAUGAUCAAUUGACGUGUUUCUAUGACGUAGUACCGACGUUGAAAAUCACGUGUAUUUGUGUCAUCGAUUUGACGUCAUAAUUGUGACGAUUUUAAAACGUCAAAAAGGUGACGACUUUUAUACGUCGGUAAAAUCACGUCUUUAAUACUUUCAAAACGUGACCUUUCAGAUGUUUCAAACUAGGUAGUAUAAAAAAUAGGUAACAUGAAACCUAUAGGUCUACGUCCCAUGUGUCGAAGGUAUAUUACCAUUUGUUUAAGAUCGCUUGUGCAUUAGAAGCAUUCUAACAUUGAUUUUGCAUAAUUGUACCAGCCCUCGCAUUAUAGAAUUUUCACUAUUUAUAUAAGUAUACCUACUUACUGUGUCAAAACUGAAACAACAUAUAAACUAAUAAAUAAUUUAUUAACAAAUUAUCCAGCAUACUUAAUGUCUUCAUUUAACGCUGUCCAUUAAAUCAAAAAGAAUCAUGAACAACUCAUUUUGGAAUACCUGUAUACAGUAGUAUCUACAUGAGCGUCAUUUUUCUUUGCCAUCUCAUAGCUAAAUCUUGUAGACUGCUGAAGCAAUCUUAGAAGGCUAAACAUUAAUUUAAAACUCGAUAACACAUAAUUAGUUCAUUAACAGAAAAUAAACAUAACCUCAAACAGUCGUCAAGAAGAAUACUACAUUAAACUAACAACUAACUCACUGAGCAAAAACGAAUACAAAUCUCUUAAAUUAACACGUUUCGUCAACUAAAUAUCUAAAUGCAAAGUCUUAUUUUAUCACACAAGACACAAAACACGUAAACAAUAAAUGAGAAAUUUGUUACGAACAUUAUUUAACAAAAUUGUUUUUAGUACCCAAUCUCUUCCCAAUUUUGUAACGUCAGACUUAAACUGUCUGAAAUGAAAACGUUUUUUAAACGUAUUUUAACGUCACCUACAAAAGACGUCUAUAUGACGGAAUUUUCAAACACGUUUCAAAACUGACGUUUCCUCGACGUUAUAUGACGUCACUUGGUUGCCUGGGUUAACAAAGGAUUUUAUUUAGUCAGUACAUUUAGUGUGCCCUAGCCAAAAAUAUUGUUUAUGAUUUGCAAUAAUUAAACUAAUUAAAUAGCCCGCACAUGUUUGCAAUAGUGUGAUAAUUGCGUUAGUGUGAUAUACGGGGUGAUAAAAAGAUUGUUUAAUAUCGAAUAUGAAAAUUGAAUGUUUGAGAUUAAACACAAUGCCAUUAUAAUGAUGUGCCGCACAUGGUAUAUUCCCUAUUUAAAAAUAAGGGGUUAGGGAAGUGGUAGGGUAGGGUUGACAAAUGACAGAUAUAUGUAUCGUAAAAAUGUGUCCCCUUAAAACAAAAAUCGGCCUGCUUCGUCAUUUCCUUAAAAUCUAAUAACUACUGCCAAAUAUCGAAAGUGGACUGUUUUCUUUGGCCCACCCGGUAUUAUUUUAUAUAUUAUUAAAAAUAAUUAUUUUAAAUACUUCACUGAAAAUAAUUUAGUAUUAUAAUGAGCUUUGUAAUUUUUGGGACACACUAUAUAACAUUGUUCGUUCGUCACUAAUUUUCGUGUUGUUCACAGACUGAUUUGUUAGAUUAUCACUGUUGUUUUGUAAAUGAUAUUUUUUAUUUAUUUGUUAAUAUCACGAAUAUAACUAGCUGGUAAGUUUUUUAAGUUUCUAAAAUACCUGACUUCUUCAGGGUCAGUAUACGGGGUGUUCAAAAUAUACAAGAAUAAGACUUCGUUCAAAAUGAUAGUAAUGAUGUAUAUUUUGUAUACAUUUAUAGUUUCUCAUAAAAAAAAACAGAAACUGUAUUCAUCAUAUGUAUAUUUAUUAUAUAUUAAUAAAUUUCGUAGGAUGGUGUAUGACAUAUUAUACCCUAAAAAUUGGAUAGCGAUUGCUCAAUAUAGAAAUAUGCGAAGAAAUCUAGAAAUGCCUAUAUCCUACCCUAAAAAAAGCAGGUUGAUGAAUGACCAUGAAUAACAAAUAACUGUUAAUUAAAAAAUUUUAAUUGGAAGAACCUAUUUAUUGAAAAUAGUUUUUUUUAUUAUGUUUUUUUAUUAUGACACUUCAUUCGUAAGUAAUA